CGCUGCGGAGCGGGCGGGGCGCGGCGCGGCGUGUUUAUAUCCGGCGGGGCUUCGCCGCUGCCCGGGGUCGCCGGGCCGGGGUCGGGGACGUCCGCGCCAUGGAUACCUGCGAUCUGUUCUCCAGCUGCAGGAAGGGGGACGUGGGCCGAGUGCGGUACCUGCUGGAACAGCGAGACGUGGAGGUGAAUGUGCGGGACAAGUGGGACAGCACCCCCUUGUACUACGCCUGCCUUUGUGGACAUGAAGAGUUGGUGCUCUACUUGCUAGCCAAUGCCCUGCUGUCCCCAGGAGCCCGCUGCGAGGCCAACACCUUCGAUGGGGAGCGCUGUCUCUACGGGGCACAGAGUGAUGCCAUCCGCCGGGCCCUGCGUGACUACAAGCAGGUGACGGCCUCCUACCGGCGGCGGGACUGUUACUGUGGCUUCCUGCUGCGCCUCCUGGAGCAGGGCAUCCACAGCGACGUGGUCUUCUUGGUGCACGGCAAGUCCUUCCGGGCACAUCGCUGCAUCCUGGGUGCUCGCAGCACCUACUUCGCACACAUGCUCGACACCAAAUGGAAGGGCAAGAGUGUCGUGGUCCUCAGGCACCCUCUGAUCAACCCCGUGGCCUUUGGGGCCCUUCUGCAGUACCUGUACACAGCACUGCACCCAUACCCAGGCUGCCUGGACGUCGGUGUGGAGCAUGUCAGCGACUGUGAGCGUCUGGCCAAGCAGUGCCAGCUGUGGGACCUGCUCGGCGACCUGGAGGCCAAGUGUGAGUUGGCUUCCAAGCCAGGCACGUGUGUGAAGGUGCUGACCAUCGAGCCUCCCCAGGCAGACCCCCGGUUGCGGGAGGACCUGGCCCUGCUGGCCGACUGUGCCCUGCCCCCCGAGCUCCGGGGUGAUCUUGGGGAGCUGCCCUUCCCUUGCGACGGCUUCAGCAGCUGUCCUGAUGUCUGCUUCCGAGUGGACGGUUACAGCUUCCUCUGUCACAAGGCCUUCUUCUGUGGCCGCAGUGAUUACUUCCGGGCCCUGCUGGAUGACCACUUCCGAGAGAACGAGGAGCUGGAGGCCUCAGGCGGCCUCCUGGCCAUCACCCUGCACGACAUCUCACCCGACAUCUUCACCCACGUGCUGUACUACAUCUAUGGUGACCACACCGAGCUGCCCCCCGAGUUGGCCUAUGAUGUGCUGCGUGUGGCCGACAUGUACCUGUUGCCAGGCCUGAAGCAGCUGUGUGGCCGUGGCCUGGCCCAGCUGCUGGACGAGGACAGCGUGGUGGGCGUGUGGCGCGUGGCCAAGCUGUUUGGCCUGGCGCGCCUGGAGGACCAGUGCACGAAGUACAUGGCCAAGGUCCUCGAGAAGCACGGUGCAGACGUGCAGCGCCAUGGAGCAGGCAGAGCGGCGGCUGCGGGUGCUGGAGGACCUGCUCGUGUCCAUCGGCCUGGACUGCUGACGGCUGCACGCGCGGUGGCUUGUGAGCCUGGGGCAUCACCGUGCCGGCAGGGGCUCGGCGGGGCUCCCCUCCCCUUCGUGCCUGGGGACCCCGGGGAGGGUCACCUUGGGAUGAGGCCUCUCCCGCAGCACAAACCAGCCCCAAGGCCCUGGGGCUGGGCACCACUCAGGGAAACCUGGCGGGCGGUCUCUUAGGGCCUCCCUCCCCCAUCCCACCUGCUCCUGGCCCCUCCUCGCAUGUUUUCCUGGGCCGAGCGGGGCAAUAAAGCUUGAAUUCACCGUG